AAUAGUGCUUGUAGCCGCAUUUAUUUACCUGGCGCCUUCACCCUCGUGUUUCGUUCACAACCCAGUUCAUUAUAGUUUAUUAUCAUUUGUUUGUUAUUUUGAGUUUAUUAUAAUUAUUGUUUGGAAGUUCAAAUUCUUGGGUAAGGUAGCUUGAACUGGGAGUUAGUUGUGGAGCUGUUUAUAGGCACUGCACAAUAAUGGAUCUCAGACCACCAAUGACCAGGAAGGAAGUUUUCUCAUCCUAUUAUUGUCCAAUUGAGGCAGGUUAUAAGGACAGGUCUGGUGUUCUUCCAUAUGAUAAAGCAGUCUGUCGUGCUUUAGAGUCCACUUAUAGGAAGCCAAAAGAUGUGACAGGAUCUGAGGAUAGGACACUUUUUGUUGGACGACUUCCCCCAGAAGCUGAAGAGGGUGAUUUAGAGAAGGCAUUCAGCAGGUAUGGUGAAGUGGAGGAGACGCGCGUCACGCGUGACCUGGUGACGGGCGCGCCGCGCGGCUACGGGUUCGUAGUGUUCGCGCGGCGGCGGGACGCGGCUGCGGCGCGGGUCGGCUGUCGCCGGCUGUGCCUGGCCGGCGCGGACGUAGUGGUGGAGGCGGAGUUCAGCCGCGGCCUGCGCGGCUGGCGGCCCCGCCGUCUUGGCGGCGGUCUCGGCGGCAAGAAGGAGUCGGGUCAGCUGCGGUUCGGCGGCGCGGCGCGUCCGUUCCAGGUGCCCGUCUCGGAGCCCACCGAGCCGGACCGGAGCCGUCCGCGGUGGACCAGUGACCGGGUCACGGACGGCGGGGAGCGCGUCCCCGACCCCGCCGGCGGGCCGGGCCGGCACAGCGGGGAGUCAGCUCCGUCCCAGCGGCGUGGUGAGGAGGAGAGACACCGAACGGAGGACGCUGGUCGGUCUGAGCGGGACGAAACCAGACACAGACACAGAGACAGAGACAGGCACCGGGAGCAGUCCAGAGACAGACACAGAGACAGACGCCGUGAGUCAGGUGAAGACAGACACCGGUCACAUCGAAAAGACAGGCGCGGAGAGGACGUGGAUCGGCACAGAGAGUAUGGGAGUGACGGGCACGGUGAUCGGCAUGGCCGUGGGGAGAGGAGCGGAGACCGGCACCGGCGUGGCGACAGAGCAGUGGAGGACGGCGGCGAGCAACGCCGCUCACAGACUCGGUAUCAUCGGGAGCGGUAAAUCGGCCCACGCCGACACGGCCCAAGCCGUGUCGGUUGAUACGGACUUCACCUGGAUCGCAUGUAGAGUCGCUCAUGUUACAGUCUUGCUGCUAAAGGAUGGAUUUUGCAAAGAUAAAAUGAAUUUGUUGAAUGAUUCUGGUAACGGCGACGUGAGGGCUGUGAUAUUUUUUUCUUAUAAAUUUAGUCCGAACAUUUUGAAUGGAAGGAUUGACAAGGACAGAGCCCACGCUAAGCGGAGCUUGUUGCGUUGACCCUGCCCUCUACCCUCUGAUCGCGCAAUCCCGGUUCUAAGGCAGGAUUUGGAGUCCAAAGUUUAACGUACGCACAUAGCCGCGCACUGGCGGUCCCCUCGCUGACUUCGCCUGGCUACGGCCUGCCAUCAGCCGCAACCAUACCUGUCAGGAGGCUCAUAAACGUCAAGCGCCCGUCGCACUUCGAACCCUUACUUCUGUAACCGGGACGCGUGCUCUCACCACGUGGAUUCGGGAUUCCAAUGCUCUACCGACUGAGCUACGAGAUUCUUAUUGAGCAUUUUAUUUCGUGAAAAUGGGCCUGUCGAUGGUGCAGCUCCCUCAAUGUUUUUGCUUCGUUUGGUGGCUGUGAGAAAUAAUUGCUGAACUAUGAAUGUGCUUGUUGUGCGUUUGAUCCAUUGGUUUAAAACGAUGGCGUCGGAGCUUUUUUAUCCAUCUUUUGUGAUGUGCCGAAAAUAAAAAGACAUGACGUGUGAAAAA